AUGUCGGAAUACAAGCUAUCCGCUUCUUUAGAAGGCCACAGCGAUGAUGUACGUGCUGUGGCCUUCCCAAACAGCAAAUUGGUAGUAACAGCUUCUCGAGAUGCUACUGUUCGUAUCUGGAAGCAAGUCUCAUCUCCACCGCCGACGUACGAUUACACUAUUUCCUCGCAUGGGUCGUCAUUUGUCAAUACAGUCGCAUACUAUCCUCCUGCUGGCGAAUAUCUGGAAGGCCUCAUCUUUUCUGGUGGACAAGAUACGAUAAUAGAAGCUCGACAACCCUCCAAAGCCUCCGGUGAUAAUGCGGAUGCAAUGCUCUUGGGCCAUAGUCACAACGUAUGCUCACUAGAUGUCUGUCCUGAGGGUGGAUGGGUUAUCAGUGGAAGCUGGGAUUCAUCGGCAAGGUUAUGGCGGAUAGGCAACUGGGAGACCGACGUGGUCUUUGAUGGCCACCAUGGGAGCGUAUGGGCUGUAUUGGCCUACGAUAGGAACACCGUUAUCACAGGUUGUGCUGAUCGCAUGAUCCGUAUUUUUAAUACGUCGGGAAAACUGCUGAAAACGAUUAAGGAUUCUCGGGAUGUUGUGCGAGCUCUGUGCAAACUACCCGCUGGCCAUCCUUCCGGUGCCCAAUUCGCCUCUGCGGGCAAUGACGGAAUAGCACGACUUUUCACACUCAAUGGAGACCUUGUAGGAGAGCUUCAUGGACACGAAAGCUUCAUCUACUCAAUCGCAGUGACCCCGUCGGGCGAACUGGUGACAUCAGGCGAAGAUCGGACUGUCAGAAUAUGGAGAGGAAAUCAAUGUGUGCAGACAAUUACACACCCCGCGAUAUCUGUAUGGGGUGUUGCUGUCUGUCAGGAGACUGGGGAUAUUGUUACGGGUGCGAGUGAUCGCGUGGCUAGGAUAUUCACCAAAGAUCCCAGUCGGCAGGCUGACCCAGCGGUCAUUCAACAAUUCGAGGACGCUGUGAAGGAGUCUGCAAUCCCACAACAGCAAGUGGGUAAUAUCAACAAGGAAAAAUUACCAGGGCCUGAGUUUCUCAAACAGAAGUCUGGCACCAAAGAUGGCCAGGUGCAAAUGAUUAGGGAAGACAAUGGCAGCGUUACAGCCCAUACUUGGUCGUCAGCAACACAGGAAUGGAUUGCGGUCGGUACAGUUGUCGAUUCGGCAGGAAGCUCCGGAAGGAAGACUGAGUACCUUGGACAAGAUUAUGACUAUGUCUUCGAUGUCGACAUUGAGGAUGGCAAGCCACCUUUGAAACUGCCUUACAACUUGUCCCAAAAUCCAUACGAAGCUGCUACGAAGUUUAUACAUGAUAAUGAGCUACCGAUCGGGUAUUUGGACCAAGUAGCCAAUUUCAUAACUCAGAAUACACAAGGAGCAACAAUCGGUCAGACGACAGAUACCCAGCAAGCAGGGCCUGGUUCUGAUCCCUGGGGUCAAGAGAGACGAUAUCGUCCAGGCGAUGCUGCCGCCGCUGCACCCCAGUCUCCGUCGAUACCAGAAACCCGUCAAAAUGUGCUUCCCCAGAAAAGCUACCUCUCUAUCAAGUCAGCGAAUAUCAAAUUGAUAGUGAAGAAAUUGACGGAACUGAACGAACAGCUUGUCUCUUCUGGGAACAAGGACUAUUCCUACAACCCGCCCGAAUUAAAUACAGUUGUGGCUUUCUGCAAUCACUUAGAGAAUACUGCUUCGUUCCCCAAAGAUCCUGCUGCCGUGGAGGACAGCAUACAACUUGUUUUGAAGGCGGCUCUCAAAUGGCCUCCUGCAAAUCGACUUCCUGGACUUGACUUACUUCGACUUCUAGCGGCAGCUACACCUGUUACUGCUCAAAUUCGGUUUGAGGGGCAGGAUAUUAUCGACACCGUUCAACAAAGCGGGGUGUUCGAUAGUCCCAUCAGUGUCAACAAUGCCAUGCUGACAAUUCGAUUCUUUGCAAAUCUCUUUGAUACCCCUCUAGGUGGAGAUCUUGCUGCGACCAAAUUCGAUGAUAUUCUUCGGAUGGUAUCAUCAGCUACCACAGCAGCAGGUGCACCGUCGAAUCGAAAUGUUACGAUAGCCGCUACGACCUUAUACAUCAAUUAUGCGGUCUAUUUCACUAAUCCGGGACGGGUUCAAAGUGCAGAAUCUGCAGAGCACGCUCUUCAACUGCUUGAUGAACUGUCCAAGAUCUUUGCAGAUGAAAAGGACUCGGAGGCAGUGUAUCGCGGACUAGUGGCUCUUGGGACGCUUGUCAAAGCGUCUGGCGAGGAAGUGAAGAGUGCCGCAAAGAAUAUUUACGACGUUGAAAAAAUAUUGAGCAAGGUCUCGAGUUCUAGUGCUGGACGCGAACCGCGGGUGAAGGGUGUGAUUGGAGAGAUCCGGGAUGUCAUGCGAUAG